AUGGCGCUCUCAAACGACACCGGAAAGAAGCCAUUCUUUGGCCAGAGAGGCGGAUGGCUCACGUUUUGGAUUACAGUUGCGUGCGCAACCGACAUGACUCUAUUUGGCUACGAUCAGGGUGUUUUCAGCGGUGUUGUCGUCACACAGAACUUUCUCGAACUUCACGAUUUGGUCGGCCCUGGAAAGACCAAGGUCCUCUCCACCGUCACUGCUAUCUACGAUGUUGGUUGCUUUUUCGGUGCCAUCAUUGCCUUUACCAUUGGUGAGAGGCUUGGCAGAAAGAAGGCAGUUCUCCUGGGCACCACUGUCAUGGCCGUUGGCGCCCUCAUCCAAACAAGUUCCUAUGGCUUGGCGCAGAUGUUUGUCGGGCGAAUCAUUCUUGGUUUUGGAAAUGGCAUCAACACAGCAACGGCGCCAAUCUGGCAAACAGAGACUUCGCAGUUCAAAUGGAGAGGAAAGCUGGUCAUCUUGGAGAUGACGAUGAACAUCGCUGGCUUCACUCUUGUCAACUGGAUCAAUUAUGGCCUUUCGUUCAGAGGCGGGUCUGUUGCCUGGCGGUUUCCGUUGGCUUUCCAGUUCUUCUUCAUAUUCAUUCUGUGGGCUACGGUCCCAUGGCUUCCCGAGUCGCCGCGCUGGCUCAUUGGCCAAGGCCGAAUGGAAGAGGCGCGAACGGUCAUAGCGGCCCUCGAAGACAAACCAGAGGAGCACGAGUACGUAACUACCGAGGUUCAGACCAUCGAUUACAGCGUACGCUACGAACUAGAACACGGCAUCAGGUGGAGAGAUCUUCUUCGAGGCCGCAACACCGGAUCCACGAAGACUAUCCGUCGUCUGCUCCUUGGUGCCGGCACGCAGUUCAUGCAGCAGUUCGAAGGCAUUAAUAUCAUGAGCUAUUACUUGCCGACAGUGCUCAUCGAAUACGUCGGUGUCUCAAACGAGAUGUCUCGGCUGUUGACGGCCUGUAACGCAACCUCGUACCUUGUCUUUUCUUCCUUGGCCAUUCCCUUGGUCGAGAAGUGGGGAAGGCGGAAGCUCAUGAUGCUCUCGACCUUUGGACAAGGCUUUGCAUUCCUUAUCAUUACCAUCUUGCUACGAUUCUCAACGACAAGCAGUAACGGCCAAGCGUUUGCUUCGGCAUCUAUCGCAUUUUUCUUCCUCUACUACAUUGCCUUCGGCAUGGGCAUGCUGGGGGUUCCUUGGCUCUAUCCUUCGGAAAUCAGCAGCUACCCAAUGCGUACAAAAGGGGCGGCGGUAGCGACUGCGACCAACUGGAUCACAAACUUCGUCAUCGUUGAAAUCACGCCUAUCGGUAUCGAGAGCCUCGGGUGGCGCUUUUGGAUUGUGUGGACCGUCUUCAACGCCGUCUUCUUGCCUGUCAUCUACUUAUUUUAUCCCGAGACAGCAAACCGAAGUCUCGAGGAUCUUGAUGAAUACUAUCGGACCAAUCCUUCACUCAUCGUUAUAAAGGAUCCGCAUGCCAUAUCUACGAAAAUGCCCGGCGUGAGGGCUCAUACUGAAAAGCUCGAUGCGGGUAUGGGUACGAUGCAUGUCGAUGAAGCAGUGCCAAAGAAAGGCUUGGAUGGCGGUCAAUUUACACGAUAG